UUGGCAACCCUCUGCAGUAGUAUUUUGAUUGACGCAAUACUUACACUGCUCAUGAACAUAAAUGUAGUGAAUUAAACGCAAUUAAAUUCUAUUUGCGCUAAUUAAAUUUGCGCGUCAAUAUAACUAAAUUCAUUCCGCGACGUGUCCUCAGCGUUUCAUAACAAUUACAUCGAAAACGCGCGCUAGAACCGUCUCAAAAUGACGCUUGAAGGGAAUAAGGACGAAGCAGAAAAGUGUAUAGCCAUUGCCCAAAAUGCAUUUUCAAGUGGAAACAUGGAGAAAGCUGAAAAGUUUUUGCUAAAAGCUGAGCGUUUAUACCCUACUACACACGCUAAGGAGCUUUUGGUGCGGGUUAGGGCUGCUGGGCCGUCUACAGCGCCGCCUAAAAAGACUCCACCAAGCAGCCCGAGCGCUGAGGAUCUUCGGAGGCGAAAAACCCCUGCUCACCAGCCUCCACAGAGAGAAUACACUCCCGAACAACAAGAGGCUGUCCGACGAGUCAAUAAAUGCAAGGAUUUCUAUGAAAUAUUAGGAGUAUCAAAGGAUGCAACAGACUCUGAUGUCAAGAAGGCGUAUAAGAAGCUGGCUUUACAGCUUCACCCGGACAAGAAUCAUGCGCCCGGAGCAGCUGAGGCCUUCAAGGCGAUCGGAAACGCGGCCGCGAUUCUGACGGACGCGGAGAAACGCAAGCAGUACGACCUCCGCGGCGAGGAGGCUGUCCACCAGCCGCAGACCCACCACCAGUACUACGCGAGAGGCUUCGAAUCAGACCUCACCGCCGAGGAACUCUUCAACAUGUUCUUUGGAGCUGCAGGUGCGAGAACAGCGUUCCCUGGCGGCGGUCCCACGGUGUACGCCCGCCGCCGCGCGCGCGAGCCCGAGGCCCGCGACACGCACGCGGGGCUCGUGCAGCUGCUGCCCGUGCUCGUGCUCGUGCUGCUCAGCAUGAUGUCCGGCUACUUCAUCAGCGAGCCCGUCUACAGCCUCGCGCCCAGCUCCAAGUACCCCGUGCCCAGGGAGACCGUUAAUCUCAAGGUACCUUACUACGUGAAGGAGAACUUCCACACGGACUACCAGGGCUCGCUGCGACGGCUGGAGAUGGCUAUAGAAGAGGAAUAUAUAGUGGGCCUCCGCCACGCCUGCCAACGUGAGCGCAACUACCGCGACAGCAUGGUGUGGAAGGCGCGCAACUUCGGCGACUCCCGACAGUACUCGGACGCGCAGAAACUGCGCACGCCCAGCUGUGAGAAACUGCAGAAGUACCAUCGAUAGUCAACGACGCCAGGUCACCAGGUUAUAGCCACUUUUAGUCACUACGGAUUAGUUUGGAUCCCCGGGAAUUUUGAGUUUGAGACACUUUUUGACAUUAGGGAUCCUUGAUUUUGAGUUCCACACUUUAUAUUCUAAAUGUAGGUAAAAUUUUUGAGUUUAGUCACUGUAAUUAUGUGUUCAAAUUAUCACAGUUUAUUUAUCAACUUGAGGUGUCGAGGAAAUGUAACCCAAGCUGCAUUCAUAUUUGAUUGUCACUUUAGACUUUGCAAUUCAUUUAGUGCAAAGAUUACGAUUACGACAGUUUUAGCCACUUCGGACCCCUUAUGAGUUAUGAAACAAGCUCUUGUCAAACCGUUGAAGCCAAUUGAAGUCAAAUUGGAUGCCUUAUUGCGUGUUCCAAAUUGUCACAACUAACAAUUUAUAUAAAAAACAAUGUAAGAAAUAAAUUUACACAUUUUCAGUCACUUUUGACUCGUUUGUAAAUCAUCACAUUUCUUGAUAAGUUCAUCUGAUUAUGUGUUUAGCCAAUUUUAGUCACAUUUAGCCAAUUUGGAUCCAAUAUAUAGUUAAAUAAGUUAGUUUAAUAAUAUGUAUUGUAAAUUUUAACAAAUAUUUAUUAAUUAUUAGUUGCAAAUACAUGAUCCUAUUAAAAAUACUUGCUAUUUGAAACAUUUGUAUAAAUAACUCGAUUAGAUAUAUAUAUUUACUUACUUUAAAUUAAAAUUUCAGCAUUUUAUUUUAUAUCACAAAAGUUCCUUUUGAAAAAGACAUGCUUUUUCAUUGAAAGCUUUUCGGACAAGCAUUUGGUUCUUAAGAAUCAAUUCAUUUAUUUAAUAUUUAUUUAGUAGAUUACAUACUGACUUGUGUUAUAAAACGCUGGGCUGAACCAAAUGUUGUAGGUUCGGUUCCUACCGAUGUAUUAUCGUAUUUAUUCGCGUUACACUUUUCUAAAUUAAUUUUCUAGUUUUCGUGAAGUGGAUUCAUAAUUGACUGGCCUGUUGGUCUAGUGAUUAGAGACCCUGACUGCUAUACCGGAGGUCGUGAGUUCGAUUCCCACCCAGGACAGAUGUUUAUUUAUCGAUCUUCUGUUCAUUUAUAGAUAUUUAAUAUUAUACCCAGCGUUUUAUAUUUAUAAUAACUCAGUUUUCGUCCAUUUUCUAUUUAUUUCGACUGUAUUUAAUUUAACUUGUUUCCUAAACAACGAUAUUCAUGUAAAUCGGUGGUGUGUUGCGUUUUUUGUUAUUUUCUAAGGAUCUCUGAUUGAUUGUUUUGAAAUAAAUUAUUUAUUACCC